AUGUUCAUCCCAGGAGACACAAACAUUCACUCUCCUUCUUUAUUACGUUGCGCGUCACUCUCGCCCUCAGCUAGUGAUACGCCCGCCAACCUAUCCUGUCAUCCCCGGAUCCCUGGCUACUUACGGGGUGAGGCGGACGCGAACGCACAAAUCUACCUACCGGAGCAACACGAGCGGUGGUCUAGGGACCACCUCUGCCACCUUUCGUACCUCUCGUCGAAAAAAGACAUCGUCCUUCUUGGUGCUGCCUCAGAAAUUAGAAUACUUACCUUGAGGAUACUCUGCAGCUGCCGCUCGGCUGAUCAAUUCGCUCUCCAAAGAGUCGACAUUUGGACAUUCGACAAACAUGGCAGCGUCGUGAAGCUGUCGUAUGGCUUGCUUGAACCAAACUCGACAAGUGAGCACGAGUUCACGCCCGUAAUCUAUUUUUGGGACGGCCAUUGGAAUGUCGCGGAGAGCUGCGAAGAUUGCGUUUGGCUGAAAAACCGAUCCUGCCCUGCAGAAAUGAGUGAAGCGGUAGUGCGCCACCCCAGAGUAAGGACUUACAUCGAAGCAUUACGUCACUCCUCCGGUUUACAAGUCACCUGGUACCUCCCUAUGGAGGUCUACACUCAGCGAUUAUCGCUAAAUACACAAUCACCGGUAUAUCUACGACUUUUUAUUCUAAAGGCGGUAGUCCCAGGUAGGGCAUCGAUUCAAGGAGUCAUACAACUCAAUCCUUACGCCCCCCAUCUGCGACUCGGAAUCAUGAACAGCACUACCAGCUAUGUUCCCAACGGUAUAUACGCAGCUCUCACUCGAACCGACGUUCCGGGCACAUUUCAUUGGAUGAUCUACCUCUGUAUUGUGGUACUAGCCGUAACCUUCACCAAGAUUGGCCAACUGGCAGAUGGAUUAAAUCACGAAACGCUCGAUCUAUAUCUGAGAGAUAUUACCAUGACCGUAGACACCCAAGUCAAUCGCGAACGAACUUUCAGCUGUCGGGUCUGGUUCCGUGAAGCUAUCCGCUGCUUGAAUGAUUCCGGCAUGUUUGUCAGCUGCUCACAGAAGCGCUUGGAGUUGCUCGAAGCUGAGUUGCCCAGCAACUCAAUGUUCAGCAAGUUGGCACGGUACUCUUGGUCUUGGAUCGCUUCCAAAUUUCUUGUUCUUCCAAAGUGGAUCUGGCUUCAUUGUUUUCCGUCCUCCAUCCGUCUUUGGGCAUACCGAUACAUGGAAUUUCAUGGCUACGGCGUCCAAACUGGGCCUUUCGGCGUUACCAGAUUACCAUUUGGAGUAGUGUUGAAGUUUACCACUCGCCCACCCCAAUACGAAGUCCAAAAUAUGCGUUUUGUAGCAAGAAACACGUCUAUCCCCGUUCCAAUUGUGUACGACUUCAUCAGUUUCCCAGCUCCGAAAGGCUACUACAUUUCGGAGUCACAACCAGCUCCAUUGCAUGGAAUCAUCGUUAUGUCAUUCAUUGAAGGGGAGAGGUUGUCGGGUUGGAUCCAAAAUCGCACAGAUUGGCCUCCGGAAUUUGAAGUGCAGAUCGCGAGGCUGAUGGCCGGAAACUUUAGGGGAGAUGAAUUCAACCAAUGCAGGAAAAUACUGGAUGGAUGUGAACCCUCCCUACGUCUCUCAGACUCCCAGAAACUUUUGGAGGAUCUUCGAAAUGCCAUUCGUGAGCUUCGAAGUCUACCACCACCGAGCUCCGGCCCCAUCUCAGGUUUAAAUGGUGGUCCGCUGAUUUGGAGCCAUGCAUCAGACCCACAGUUAAUCGAGCCAUUUGAGAACAUUGACGCAUUCCACGAGAUGUUAUUAUCUCGUGUCGGACGUAAAUGGCGUCUCCCAAAAAUUCGUCGGCUCGCAGAACCUGUGCAUGCAAAGCAGCACAGAAUUUGCUUCACACACGCAGAUUUGCAUCAAGGAAACAUCCUUGUAAGGGAUGGCCAACUUGCUGGAAUAAUCGAUUGGGAGUUCUCUGGAUGGUAUCCCGAAUACUGGGAGUGGAUCAGAAUCAGGACCCAGUCUAUGCGCAUCAAGCCUAUUCUCGCAUUGUGGGAUGCUGUUGGUGCAUUCGCAAAAGAUGAGUAUAAAGAUGAAAGGAUCCUUCAUAAAGCCCUCCUCAGCAGCGCAGGAGAUACUGCCGUUGGUGACGAACACUUUGUGGAUGGGGAAAUCUGA